AUAUUUUAGUGUAAUAAAACACAGCGUAUCUGCAGUUGCAAGAAAGGUCUUUCGAAGAAAGUGUAUCCAUCGUCCUUGUCGAAGACACAGAUGGCACCGACCGGCAAUAUUUAAACCUACAUACAUAUAAGAUAUGUCAACUGUCAUAAAUUGUAAUAUAACCUGCUCUUUUCCACUCGUAAACAUAGACUUCGGUAUCGUGGCAAUUCUGUUGGCGAAUAUCGGUUUCGUUAUUUCUUAGCAUUGUAUCGAUAAUGAAACAAUACUGUUUCUAAAUCUGCGAUAAACACCGGUAAAUACACACCGCUGUAUUUUUAUAUAGCGACACCGCAUCGUCCCGGCGUUGCCUAUACAAUAUCACAGGUUAACAAAAUCAAAAUUCGACCGACAACCUUGGCCAACGUCGGAUCGGAAAGGCUACGGCUGUGCCGCGUAAGGGCUGCGUAAUUGUUAGCCGCUUUCCAUCCUUGUCGGAGAUACGCGUACAAUAUGACGAUGUGCCGGGCCCAAGCAGACGCCGGCAUCCCCACUACCGGACCCUUUCUUCGUGAUCGUCGGUCACGGUGACGGCGACGGUGACGGCGACGGUGACAUCCCUGGCCUCGUCAGUUGAAUUUCGAAACCCGACCAAGUUGGAUCUCGUUGAUCUUCUUCGCUGACACUUUCGCGGCACCGACCACGAUCCUUCGGGCUCUCUCCUCGCUGGUUGUGCUCUGAUUUUGUUUCCCGUGGUCGGAGGUCGCCGGUCACCGGCGCGUUGCAAGCUCCCGACACUCUUCUCGCGACCAGUGCACACCGUUCUCGUCCGCCACGCGAAAAUCAACGAUCGUCGUCGUAGAUCAACGAUCAUGAUGUACGUUGUACAACAACUGCCGAUGCCGCAGGUAUCGAACGUGUUCUAUCCGUUCAACACCAGCCUGGAGGAGGAGAUACGACGGCUGUUCGAGAAUUUCACGAUCGAGACGCAGACUGCGCCGGUGCCGAAUGUGGAGGACAUAAUGGAGGAGUUCCGUCAUAAUGGACGCGAUUUCGAAUACUGUCCAGACUUCGAGAACGACAAGAUACUGGAAACGACGACGCCUCGUCGCAAAAAGAACAAGAAACCCUUGCCCACCGAAUGCGUUUUCUGCAGAAACAACGGCGAGGAGGAGGUUUAUUACAAGAAGCACUUGCUCAAGGACAACGAUGGCAAAGUACAGUGCCCGGUCUUGAGGGCGUACACGUGUCCGAUAUGCGGCGCGACCGGCGACGACGCGCACACUGUGAAAUACUGCAAGAAGAGCCCGAAGGGCAGCGGUACAUUGCCAACGGCGAAUGCNUUUAAUGAAAAAAGAUAA